GAUUGUAAUCUGGUAAAAACGUUUGCUUUCUCUGCACCCGGCCACGAUAACGCGCUUUCGACAGCGGCUAGUCUUAUCGACCAGCACAUCGCAGGGUGUAGGUUGUAGGUUAUGUCAAAGAAGCUCGUCGUGCGAUUUGUUUGUCGCGCAGCCCCGAGAAAGUAUGGCGAUGUGGGAGAGCGACAAGUUUCGAGAGGAUGAGAAUACGGACAGUAUUGGGGGAAAUUUCGACAAUAUUCUCGUGACGCCCGAUCUGCAGGAUUACUUGGAUGACACUCUGGAUCUGUCCACCUUUGAGAAAGUCUACGAGCAGAGCGCGGUGUUUGAUUACUCCGACGACGAUGCUGUUAUCAACGAGGGGCUACCUGUCGAUGACAACACGACAACUGAACAUAUCCACAACACCAUCAAUCCAGAUGAGAUUUAUAUGCGAAUUCAUCAAGAUCACAACGAUGCGAUUCUCGAGGAUCAUGCAACCUCUCACAAAAUUGUCACAAUUAAAAGUAUAGAUUCAGAUAAUAAUCAAAAACAUAUCAAUCGUUAUAAUUGCCAAUACGAAGGCUGCACCAGAACAUAUAGUACCAUUGGAAAUUUGCGUACACAUAUGAAAACACACAAAGGCGAGUAUCGAUUUAAAUGCGCAGAGCCGAGUUGUGGCAAGGCCUUUCUUACGUCCUACAGUCUAAAGAUCCACAUUAGAGUACACACAAAAGUAAAACCGUUCGAAUGCAAUUACAAAGGCUGCGAGAAAGCGUUCAAUACCCUUUACAGACUGAGAGCUCACCAAAGACUUCAUAGUGGCAACACAUUCAACUGCGAAGAGACUGGAUGCGUUAAAUUCUUCACUACUCUAAGCGAUCUCAAGAAACACAUACGUACUCACACUCAAGAAAGACCGUACAAAUGCAGAGAAAAGGGUUGCGGAAAGGCCUUUACGGCUUCACAUCAUUUGAAAACGCACAAGAGGACCCAUACUGGCGAACGGCCGUACAUUUGUACCUUUGAAAAUUGCAAGCGACGUUUUACUACUCCUCACAGCUUAAAGAGUCACAUAAAAACGCAUAACAAAACUGUGAAUAACGAUGUGAAGCCUAAAGAUAACAGAGAUAUGAUUAGAAAACAAAAAAUGUUAACUCAAUUAGAAUUGAAACUUGUAAAAGUAAACACGAGCAACACUACUAUACCAUCAUAUGCUGUCGUACCAAUAUCUACAGAUCGCGUGCAAAACGAUGGAAAUAUGCCAUAUAUGCCCACGAAGAAUGCAGCAGACCAAGUAACUCCCACCAGUAUACUGGAUAUUAUGACUCAACGUAAGUUGGAUGCAAAGCUCGGUUAUAUUUCUACCAAAGAUAAAGAGGAUUUGAAUGAAACUACCAGAGUUGCGAUUCUCGCAAAGGAUAUUGUUUUAGAUAACUUUAAUGAUGCAGUCAACGUUUUUAACGAUAAUGAAAAUUAUAACGAAUUUAAAGUAUUUAAUGAAAUGACUGAAUCAAAUGUGCAGCAUGGUAAUUUAAUGGAGGUAACUGGACAUCACCCACACAAGUCAGCUUCGCUACCGGAAACGCACAGUGAUAGUAUAGCUAGGCAGGACCAAUUUGUCCCGAUAAACUUACGACAGAAGAUUAUACAGAAUAAUUUACAAAAUACAAUAGCACGUAUUUCCGAGGAGACAAAUUUUACGAAUGAUAUGAAACAUUAUAAAAAUGCAUCUAUUACUAAUUCCGACGAUGUGUUUGCAAACCAAUCAAAUGCAGAAAAUAUAUCUAGUAGCAGUGAUGCAUUAUAUAGUGCCAAUUGUAUUACUAGUCAUAUUACUGAUAUCAUAAGUUCCUCGAACGAAGCCCACCUUUUUGAGAGUGGAAUGGAUACUCUUUCAUUCAUCAAUGACACAAACUUGCAAAAUGAGUCCCUUAUCGCAGUUCCAAAUAACAAUUUGCCUACGAAUGCUGUUACAAAUGCUCAGUCCGAAGCCGUCGAAGCCGUUGAACUUGCGAUGGCAACUGAAGAGGAAUUACAUUCCUCUUGGGCGGAUGUGAUGGCAUUGGCAACUGCACCGGCAUUGAGAGAACAACCUUGGUCGGAAUUAAAUGCGUUUCCUACAGUUCAUUCUUUAGUGGAUCUAAUAGGUCCAGAACCUUAUCCAGAAAUAGAGGCUCAACUAUCAUCUACGGAAAAUUUGAAAAAUGUUAAUGCUAUGAGUAUAGAGGAGAACACUUCGAUAGACAUUGAUAUUGUACAAUGCCAAAAAGUUGCAGAAUAUGAUAAGACGAGUAACAUAAAAAAUAAGAAUAGAAAUAUUUUGCAAGAGAUUACGGCGGACGCUGAUAUAUGUAAAUGUACUGAUUGUAAAUGUGAUAACUUACAAAGUUGUCAAAAUUGCACAAAUAACUCAGUCGCAGAAGUUACGAAAAAAGACACGGUACAAAUCGUAAAUGACUUUAUGUCUUCCUUGCAAAAUAAAUGUUCCUGCAACGCUGAGUCCGGUGGUUGUGACUCUUGCUGUGUUGUAAUUUGUCUAAAGACACUGCAGCAGCUACAGAAAAUAUUUAGCAAUUGUUGUAAGAAUACUAGCAACGCUACAAAUGCAUGUUGUAGGGAAAAAGUUUUACCAUCUUCGAUGAAAUGUCAACUAGCCGGAAACCAGUGAUUCAUAUUCUUUACCAUUAAUAUUCUUUAUUAAUUUUAACUAGUCACACGAAAGAAUAUUGUAUCUUUACGUUAAUACCCCAAAAAGAUUUGUGAUUUUUACACUUGAUAGUUUUAAAUAUAGGCAAUUUUUGCCUUUCGAAUAUUUUAUUUAGGACAACUUGAAAAUACACGACUGUACAUACAUUAUGCUAUAGUAGAGUUAAAGAGAGAUUCUACAUGUUCUAUAUAUAAUGUAUUCUAUACAAUAUUUUGUGCCAAAUACUUUGUAGACUUUACGAAAAUGUUUAUAUAUACAAAAUUACUGUUGCAUAAUUUACAAUAAACAUGUAAAUGAAAAAGGAAUCGAUAACUGAUAAUACGUAGAAACGCAAGAAAAAAACAAUUAUAUUUUUUUAGAAAUAAGAUAUUUGACAUGAACAAAUGUUUUAUAAAUAUAUUGUUUUAUAAUUUUUUAUGCAAUGAAAAAAUGGAUAUAUAGUAUACUUUUUGAUAUUCUGAACCGAAAAUAUGCUGUUUCUUGUACAGUUGAACUACAAUAUUGUUACUGAAGAACUUGUCACAAAUUUAAAAGCAUUAAAAAUGUAUAGAGCAUAUUAUCUUUUUUUAUCUAUAAUAUAAAUACAAAAAUUGCUGUAAUAAUAGUUGUAUGUUUAAAAUAUUUAUUUAAGUCUAAAAAAAAGAUUUUUAUUUAUUUAACUCUUGAACGUAUGUUCCCAAAUCAUAGCGUUAACCCUAGAAAUAUUAUUCUAUUUUAUUGUUGUCUAUAUAUGCGAUAUCUAUGAGAAAAAGCUUUUGCUAAUUCAGGCUAUUAAACAAAUUUGAUAUUUCCUUCGUUAAUUAGGAAGUGCCAAAUACUUACAAACACCCAAAGUAUUUAUAACGUUACUGUUGUGACGUUACUAAGAUGCCAAGUUUUAAGUUUUAAUUAGACUUUAGUGUUGCAUUAUUGUAGUGAAUAGAGAUUGGAAAUAUGUUAAUUUUUAACAAUUUUAGCGUGGACAUUUUUAUGGCUGUUAUAAGUACUUGCAAUAAAAUCAAUGUACCUAAAUAGCUUGUAAAUAGCAUAUUGAUUAUGUUAUUAAUGAACAAAAUAUAAAAAAACUAACUCAAUAAA